AUGAGUGCAAGACCCGCUAGAAGUGGUGGGCCGAGCCCUAGCCCGUCGAACGGAGACCCGGACCGCAAAGGGUCUGUGAAAAGAGCCAGGGAGCUGCUGGAAGCGGGUGUCCGUCCACCUCGAGCGUCGCCGCCAGCGCUGAUACCCAGACCUCCGCCUCCUCCUGAAUCCCGACCAUCACCCGGCGCCAGGAACAUCGCUCAUCAGACGCAAUGGCCGCUUCCUGCGUCGGAUGUUGCGCCCCGUCCUCUGCAUCCCCAGCCUCUGAAUCCUCAACACCCCAGGUUCCUGGCUCCGCGUGGCCCUCCCCCAUCACGACCCCGGCGUCCCAGCGAAGUUCCCUCGCAGAUCCCUUCGCCUUCGAUUUACUCAGUACGCAGUUGCCAGGAUUCAGAACUUAGUUUGAACAAUACCACCCGACCGGCUCGCUCUUUCUCGCAUCCAAAACCAAUCUACAUCCUGCCGCAGCAGGUGGCACCCCCAUCCACAACCGAUGAGGCUUGUGCGAGCCCGACCAGCACUGUGGACUUGACGCCUCGCAUCUCCAUUGCCACGGAUGAGCUAUUCCACCGACAAUCGACUGCUUCCGCGUCCCCUUCUGUCCCCGAUGUGCCUCCAAUCCCACUCCCAGAGCCAUCUCACUCCCUGGACGACUGCCGACGACGCAUCGCAGGCCUUGCUCCACCAGCAAAUGCCCGCAGAUCUUCUAUCUCCCCCAUCCCCGAGGAAUCCCCCGGCCCCCGCCAGACCCUGGGAUCCCUGGCCUCCAGCCGCGCCAUUCCGUCUAGCUGGGGCUCUGGUCCCGCCGCGUCCGAGAUCCUGGGAGCGUACCUGGACGAUGGCUCGGACGAUGAGAACCCGCAGAACGACCGGCCGGAUGAGAACGUCACGCUCGUCCGAAAUGCCAGUCUCGGCAAGCGCGGCAAGCCUACCAUGCGCACGAUCAUGAAGUCCAACCCCACCUCUGAGGUCGACCCUAUCCCGGACGUGCCGUCCGCCAACCCCCAGGAAGAGCACAACCGGCAUCACGCAGCUGGUGGGCUCGCAGUCGGCGCUGCAGUCAGCCAAGUGCUUCACGCGCCCAGCACAGGGCGCCGGACAUCUGUUUCAACUGGAUCGGAUGAAUCCUUCGUGGAUCCUGAGAAACCGCGGUUCGCGCAGCCGCACGAUCAUCAGCCGUACGAUGCCGCUUACGAGAAGGAGAUGGACUCCUUGCCCCAACCUGCUCCUACAAUGAGCGACAAGCGGCCCGCCGGCAAGAAGCCUCCGCGCCUGGACAUGAACGCCGUGCGCGAUGCCGAGGCACGUGGUAGUCUGUCCAGCUUGUCUGACCUGAUUCGACGUGCUACCAAGCUCGCUUCCAACCUCGACCGCGGGAGGACCGUUAGCCGGUCCGAUCUUGUGAACGGAGAGGCCGAUUAUAAGGCUGCAAUGGGUGGGCCAGGUCGCCGCCGCGGCUCGGGUUCUCUUUCAGAUAUCCUCGCCUCCUUCCCCAACCCGGGCCUACAGACGCCCGAAGGCCGCAGCUCCUGGCCCGUUUUCUUCGGCCGCUCGGGCCUGCGCAACGUCGAAGCCCUCGGCUCCGGCGACGAUGACCCGAACGUGAACACGAAGGCAAAGCAGCCGGCCCGCAGAUGCUGCGGCAUGCCGCGUAAGUGGUUCAUCCUAUUUUGCAUGCUGCUCUUCAUCAUCGUGGUGCUCGCGAUCCUCCUCCCGGUAUUUCUCAUCGCGGUGCCGAACCAAAAACACAGCAGCGCGAGUUCCUGCGCGUCCUCGAAUCCGUGCCAGAACGGCGGCGUCAGCGUGUCAAGUGGCUCCGAGUGCUCGUGCGUGUGCUCGAACGGGUACACCGGCUCGCAGUGCACGGUCUCAGGCGACAGCAGCUGCGUCUCGUCAACGGUGGAUAACGGGACGAUUAGCAAGAACGCCACCAUGGGCAGUGACCUGCCGGCGGUGCUCAGCGCGUCAGAGAGCAAGUUUGGGAUCAGCCUGGAUGCGGUGACGAUCAUGGCGUUGUUCAACAUGAACAAUAUCUCCUGCCAGACGGAGAACGCGCUCGUUUCGUUCGACGUUGACACCAGCAGUGACAAGACGCGCCGCGCUGUCACCCUGCCUCUGGACCUACCCGCCUCUGCAGACGAGGAGAGUAACCCCUUGCUCUCGCUCGGCUCGAUGGAGCCCACACCCACUGCCCUGGUCCCCCGGUCCCUAGCCACUUCAAACGGGAUCAUUUACGAUAACAGCGGCGUCUCCUCGUCGACCCACACAGCUAGCGCCGCGUCUACGACUGCGACGGCCAUCUCGGCCACGACAACUGGCGAAUCUAAGACGCAAGCCACGACGACGGCUACAAGCACGGGCGUGCCCAGCGAGGUGGUGCAGUUCUCGCAGGUGGUGGUGCUGUAUAUCCUCCAGAAGACGGGGUCUAUUCCUUCGGCGAUGUCAUCCGAGUCCGAGAUCGAGACAUACCUGACGGACUCGUAUGCGGAUGCAACGCAUCCGACGCUGGAGCUGAUGGGGAUGUACGGGCUGGACUUUGAGAAGAAGACGAUUACGUUGCGCAACGGGACGGUCGUGAGCUGA